GAGUAGGGUUAAUAUAUGUGCUCUAAGUGUGCAUAGUUUGUUCAGUGGCAAUGUAGAAACCUCAAAAAUGUGAAAAUGCGCAGUAGCAUGGGCAGAAGAAGAUAUUUCAUUAGGAUUCUGAUGCUAUUUUUAGAAAGGAUUCAAAUAGACUUUUUGGAUGUCAAAAAAGAUGAGGCAUGCGUAUGGCUCGGAAGCAACGACACACAUAGGAGAAUAAGUCUGCGAUUUGCGGUUCAAAAAACACUAGGGUAAGUCUAAGAGUAGGUAUGGUAUUUGGACUCGGAGAGAAACGGGGGAAAAGGGAAAAGACGGAUUGUAAAGUACUCGGCCGAAGGACUCGUAGAGUGUCUGGAGUAAUAAUGAAUAAAUGAGUGUUGUUGCAAUGGUUUAAACAGGAG